AUGCUGCAAUCCGCCAUACCGGACCGACCGCGCUUUGAUAAGGGGAAUAAUACGAGUACACCAGCAUCGUCUAACCCACUCCUCGACACCUUGUUUAACAGACUCGUCCUUGAAGACAUCGUUUCUUACCUACCAAUCUCUGCCUUGUUGAACCUCGCAGCUACCAACCGGGACUUCCGCGGGCUCGUCUACGAAUCACCUGGAAUUUUUCGCCACCUCGAUCUGUCAACCACCAAAGCAGCCCAGUUUGAGAUUGAAGGCAUUGAUCGAGGAGGCCAGGUCUGGCGCAAUGUUCAGCUUGAUGAAUAUUUGAGCGAGGAUGACUUCUACUCCGGUCCGCUGAGAGGCAUAUUCGCCAAGCUCCAGAGGCCGAACAUUCUCCAGGAUGUCCAGAUCCUAGUUCUCGACGGCUUGUCUGUCACUGCCGAACUGUGCAACGAUAUCAUCACCAGCCCCGCCUACAGCGUGCGCAUCUUGUCUGUCCGUGACGCCAAGAACCUCAACCAAGGAAAGCUUCGCGGGGCGCUCCAGUAUGCCUGCCGUGGGAGUCGCCCCGAGGGAACCCCGCGACUCAAAGCCCUAUACGUCUUUGGCUCCAAGGAUUCCAUAGCCGCACCUGCUUCCAGCGCGGAUAAGCUCACAAUCAGUGCCGAGUGGAAUCACAAGAGCCAACAAGCGUUGUCGUCUUCCCUUAGCAGGGAAAUUGAGCCAUGGUGGUCCAAGAAGGGACGCAUCAUCUCCAAACAUGCCCAGGGAGAGUGGGCGCAAUGCCUGCUUGCAUGCGACGGCGUCAUUGCAUUUGAUGCAGUGCUCUGUUAUGGCCCCCGACAUCGAAACUCGCAUCUCUUUGGCAAGAUCCCCUCAACUUCGGAUAGCACUCCGGCCAUCGCCACGUUUGCCAUUCCGCCAUGCAGCGGCUGUGGUGCAUCGCCCGAGGGCUUGACCGAACCCUUCUGCGCCACAAGAGACAUCCCCGGAAGACUCCCGCUCCUUGCUCCCCCGCCGACUCUGUCGUCGUCGGUCCGAGCAGCCACGACCCCACGGCUUCCUGCAGAGGCGUUUGUUCCCAGAUGCCUGGAGUGCCUCAGAGACCGAUACUGCACUUGCUGUCACCAGUGGUGGUGCGAGACCUGCUACACGCCCCCCAGCCAGUCUCACAACGCCUGCGAGUCGUGCAUCGAAAAGACGCAAAAAGUCUGCCGGCGAUGCUACAGCGGAUAUUGCAUAAUCCACAACGAGGGUUCAUCCUCGACCUUUGGUGUAUUUCGCGCGGGCGCGGACUAG